GGGCAGCGGCUUUGUAUCCACCGCUACCACCGCUAUUAACAUUAACGGUUACCACCCUUUCUCACCGAUACUUUUUAUUAUUAUUAUUUUUUCUCGAUUCUCUAAACAUCUUUCCUCGUUUGACCUGGAGUCAACAAAAGAAGAAGACUCAUUACUCUCCCAUCCUUUUGGCGAUUGAUUAAUACCUCAAGACUCUUUUUUUUCUUGCUCUUAAUUAAUAAGGAAACCCGACAGCCCACCAUGGAUGAGAUCGCCAAAGAGUACGAUGUCAUCGUCUUGGGCACUGGCUUGACCGAGUGUAUUCUCUCCGGUGUGUUGAGUGUCAAGGGCAGGAAGGUGUUGCAUAUUGAUCGCAACGAUCACUACGGAGGAGAGGCCGCAUCCGUAAAUCUCGAAACGCUAUUCAAGAAGUACGGUAACUUCACAAAAGGCGACGAGCCAUGGAAGAAGUACGGCCGACCCAACGACUGGAACAUCGACUUGGUUCCUAAGCUCCUCAUGUCCUCCGGCGAGCUGACCAACAUCCUCGUCUCCACCGACGUCACGCGCUAUCUCGAAUUCAAGCAGGUUGCUGGCAGCUUCGUCCAACAAAAUUCGGGUGCUAAGGCUACCAUUGCCAAGGUCCCCUCCGAUGCCGCCGAAGCUCUGCGAUCCCCUCUUAUGGGCAUCUUCGAGAAGCGACGGAUGAAGAGCUUCAUAGAAUGGGUCGGUACUUUUGAUAUUAAGGACUCCGCUACACACAAGGGUCUCGACUUGAGCAAGACUACGAUGAGGGAAGUCUACGACAAGUUUGGUCUUGAGGCCGGCACCCGAGACUUCGUCGGCCACGCCAUGGCCCUCUACCUUAAUGAUAACUACCUUGAUGAUGCUGGCAAGGCCCCUGAGACUAUCGAGCGUAUUAGGAUGUACGGUAACUCGGUAGCGAGAUACGGCAAGUCCCCUUACAUCUACCCGCUGUACGGUCUUGGUGAGCUGCCCCAGGGUUUUGCUCGUCUAUCCGCCAUCUACGGUGGUACCUAUAUGCUUAACACCUCAGUCGAUGAGGUCGUAUACGAAGGCAGCAAGGCCACGGGCAUCAAGGCCACCAUGACCGGCAUUGAGCCCGAGAUGAAGUUCGAGACCAAGGCUAAGCUGAUUCUUGGUGACCCUUCGUACUUCCCCAACAAGGUAAAGGUUGUUGGCCACGUUCUCAAGGCUAUCUGCGUCUUGAAGCACCCCUUGGCCGGUACCAACGACUGCGAUUCCUGCCAAUUGAUUAUCCCUCAAUCCCAGGUUGGUCGUAAGAACGAUAUCUACGUUGCCUGCGUCUCGUCGGCACAUAACGUGUGCCCCAAGGGCUACUACAUCGCCAUCGUAUCCACGAUUGCUGAGACAUCCGCCAACCACCACCUAGAGCUGCAACCCGGUCUAGACCGCCUCGGUAAGAUCGAGGAACAAUUCAUGGGACCUCCCAUCCCGCUCUACGAACCCCUCGAGGACGGUAAGAAGGACAACAUCUUCAUCUCCAAGAGCUACGACGCUACGUCGCACUUCGAGACGACCACGGAUGACGUUAAGGACAUCUACGCGCGCGCUACCGGCGAGGAGUUGAAGGUAGAGGGCCUCCGAGAGGGACUCCAAGUCGCUGAGGAAUAAGCAGGUAUCUUAGUAAUAAUUGGGGAUGAUCAAGUCGAGGACGUGUAGCCAGAAUUUAGUUACUACGGACGGGAUGAGUCAAAUCAAACUGAAUCGAGCGGGAUAUUACAUAGGCGAAGGCAUGACGGCCGAAUAUAAGUGUAGCUUGCUUUUUAGUAGUUUUGCUGCUGUUUGUUUGCUUUCGUGGGGUGGCAGAUAGUGUUGAUAUAGGAGUUCGACAUCACGUUAUGUGCCAUGCCUUGUAUGCUUCCGCCUAGUGUCUUGUGUGCUUGUGUUGAAUAUUUGAGGAGUUUUAAGAGAAGGUGUGUUGAAGUUUGUGUUACGUCUGGAUUGUCUCAUAAUUCGCCAUUCAUGAGGAUUAUGCCCUACGUUCGUCGAUAUAAGAUAGUAGCUGUGUUUAAAUAUAGGUGGCUUGCUUCA